GAUAUUUUGUAUGAUACCAUUAUAAUAUUAUUGCAAAGCCACCUACUGCAUGUAGUUCCAAAUUUCCAAAUACAGAGGCCACGUCAAGAAAUGAACAGAUAAACCGGUUCACAACGCCAAAUGGAUAUCGUAAGUGAAUGCAAAACUGUAUUACCUGUCACAUUCCGGACCACCUAUUAUUUUGUUAAUUCAUUUUACUUCUUCCCAUUUUACGCCUGCAAAUCACGUGCCCAACCUUUUCAGCUGCCAGAGAUUAGACACUGGUCGGAAUCCGAAUCCGGAGGGGGGAAAUGGCGGCAGCUCUAAAUUUGUCAUCAACUCCGUUCUUAAGACAAAUUGCGAGCACUAGAACUCCAAAAGCCUCCAUGUCUGUUCGAGCGACCUCAAGACCAUCUGAGAGCCUUUCAACUUCAACUUCCGUGGGGACCAAAGAAAAUGAAGACCGAGGGCUUUCUUCCUCCUCUUCUUCUUCAUUUUCUCCUCCGCCCAAUUUCAAGCCACCAGAGCCUAAGCGUUUCGGCGUCAGACCCGACAAGGUUCUUGAUGUCCUGGGCGCUUCCCUUUCCUUAAUUUUUCGGCUUGGAACUGGUAUAUUUGUCGAUGGGUACUCGGUGUCAUUGGUUCCGAAAAAUGAUUUUCCCCCAGACAAAUAUGCUCUUCAAAUUGCUGGUUUCAAGGUCAAAGAGACUUCAAAGUUAGGACCUCGCCCAGAGAAGCCUAUUGAGAUAUAUGAGUUUGAGAGUUGUCCAUUUUGUCGGAAGGUCAGGGAAAUUGUUGCUGUGUUAGAUUUAGAUAUUCUAUUCUAUCCUUGCCCUCGGAAUGGUCCAAACUUCCGUCCCAAAGUUCUUCAGAUGGGAGGAAAGCAGCAGUUUCCAUACAUGGUUGAUCCAAACACAGGAGUUUCAAUGUAUGAAUCAGAUGACAUAAUCAAGUAUCUGGUUCAGAACUAUGGUGAUGGAAAUGUACCUUUUUCUCUCUCUCUUGGACUUUUGACGACAUUGUCAGAAGGCUUUGCUAUGAUUGGUCGUCCGGGCAGGGGUUCUAUCUAUAAGCCAUCAAAGCUUCCACCUGCUCCACUAGAAAUAUGGGCAUAUGAGGGUUCUCCUUUCUGCAAACUUGUUCGUGAAGUGCUUGUAGAGUUGGAGUUACCACAUUUAGUACGUUGUUGCGCUCGUGGCAGCCCAAAACGUCAACAGUUGUAUGAGAAAGAGGGACACUUUCAGGUUCCAUACUUAGAUGACCCCAACACAGGGGUGCGCAUGUUUGAGAGUGCUGAAAUUGUGGAGUAUCUUCAAGCAACUUAUGCUCUUUAGCGAGCCAUCCUUCCAACUCAUUUCCAAGUACAGGUAGGGGCCUAUGUAGCUCUAAUGGAAUCCUUUACCCCACAUCACAUAAAGGAACUUUCUGCCUCUUCAUUGAGACCUUGAGAUAUCAGCCAUAUGAUUCCCGAACCUUCAAGUCGAUGCGUAAGUGAAUGUCCUAUAUUAUUUUACUCUGAGACUCCCAAAAAUGAUCUAUACUCAAUGUCUGGUCUAUAACAAUAUCAACUGCUACUAUUCGUAUACACCAUAGGUAUACUCUUCGCCCUUUA